UGUUUUAUAUCUAGUGUGUGUGUGUGUGUGCAUGUGAGAAUAUGUGUGUGUGUGCAUGUGUCUGUUUUAUAUCUAGUGUGUGUGUGUGUGCAUGUGAGAAUGUGUGUGUGUCUCUGGGUGAACAGACAAAGCCACACAAGCUGAAAUAUAGCAGCAAGUGGAACUCCUAUUGUUCUGAAAGGCAGAAUGAUUUUAAACUGCACAACAUUAAAUCAGUCUGUGCAUGACUGAGCUUUAAGGAUGCUGACUGACUCUGAGUUUAUCCACGUUCACAUUGGAUGUAUUAACAGAGCUGAGUGUCUACGCUCUGCAGACUGUGCCAGUCUGUUAAUACCCAGUUAGGCUAUGGAAGAUGGGGGCCGCCGGGAACUGGGACUGUCUCAGCUCCUCACAGACAUUAAGAAGCAUUAUGAAAAGAUUAUACACAGGAAUUGGAUGGAAUUAGACGCUUGUAUCAACACUCAGCUACUGGAAGUGAGUGAUGCAGAGAUGAAUAAGAACGAAGAUUCUCUGCAGGCAGCCCAGGCAGAGCUAAAUAAUGCCCGACGCCAGUGGCAUAGCCUCCAGGUGGAAAUUGAAUCUCUUCAUGCAUUGCAGAAGGGUUUGGAGAAUUCCCUGCAGGUGACUGAGCAGAGAUACGAGGUGCAACUGAAGAAUCUGGCAUCCGUGAUUCGAGAGCUGGAGGGCGAGUUACACGGUGUUAGGAGAGACAUUGAACACCAGGUUUGGGAGCAUGAACUGUUGCUCAACACAAAGAUGAAAUUGGAGAGUGAGAUCGCAAUGUAUCGUAGCCUUUUGGACAGAGAGGAUGACAGACUCUCUGGAGCAACUUCUAGUGACUAUCAGUCAUCCCUCAGCAGUUUAAGUCAGAAAGAAAUGGCCCUCCCUUCCGCUGCUACCAUCUCUAGCCGCCUGGAGCAGAGAAUCCAGAUGGUGACAACUCAGGAGAUUCUAGGUCAAAAUUCAAUGGCUGGGAGUUCAAAGGCUCAUGGCAAAAUUCAGACAGAGAAAGUGGACGAGGUUAUCAAGGAAUGGGAAUGCUCCUUUUUCAAGGAUAAUCCACACCUUCGGAAGAAAUCUACAUCACUCCGGUUUGACCUGCACCUGGCAGCAACAGAUGAAAGCUGUUCACAGACCAAGCAAGGCAGCCUUCCUGACAUUGAACUCAGGCUGGUAAUGAGAAAGUCAAGCAGCAUUCCAUCUCUGAAAUCAUAAUGCUCAGCAAAGCACAGCAUAACCAGUGUGAUAUACAGCACACACCAAUUUCAAUUCCUCCUUGCAGCUGUUGUGUUAUAUUUAUCGGUGUAUAGAUGAGGAUUGGGGAGGGUGGGAAUGCUCUUUCAAUAUUUAUUAAAUUUCUAAAUGAACUAGGGUGCAUGAAAAACCACUGGUAUAUUAAUCAAAGCGGAUGUUACUCCGAAGCAAAAUACUGCAGAUGCCAAUAAUCAGAAACUUAAACAGACAUUGCUGGAGAAACUCAGCAGGUCUGUCAGCAUCUAUGGAGAGAGAAAUUUUUUGAGUCCGGUGAACUUUCUGAAGAACUGGUCAUCAAGUUGAAAUGUUAAUUCUGUUUCUUUUCCCACAGAAAGUGCCGAUUCUGCUCAGUUUUUUUUUCGGAGUUUUUUUUUACUUUUAUUUUUAUUCAAUAGCAAAUUAUCAUUCAAUCGAUUGUUUCUCCUGAAGUUAUUUUGUCCCUGUGGGAGUGGGACUCUUAAAUUCCUUUACUUCCAAUUAAUGCGCAUUAAGAAAAUUUAAAUUUUACUGCGUCCAACUUGUUUUGUUGUGAUGCUCAACAAAUGGCUUGGUUUUGAGUUGCCGUUUCAAUGAACAUUGAGUUUAAGGUCAAGUGUCACCUGAGUUUUCUCUAUGAGUGACUCAGUCAAGCCAACACAAAGUUCAAUCCUAGUUAUUAUUGGAGUUAACCUCUUUCUCAGCAGGAGGACACUUCCAUGGCACCUUAUUUGUGGGAGCGAGCUAAUAAUCAGUUGUGGUGCCUGCUCCUGAGCUUUAUCCACUGACCAUGCCUGUAUAACUGCAUGUAUGUAAUUGUCCAGGCAAAACAUGACAGAGUAUUAUGUUACUGCUGACUACAUGGUGUGAACUGGCAAGCAAGAGCUGCAGCAAUGUUCAGCACCACCUUGUCAGAAGGGAAAAACAUUGAUAUGUAAGGCCUUAAAUAGCUUAAUGUUUUAAUGAUAGUUUGAUAUAAUACUCACAGAUCAAUGGUGAAUGUAUUCAGGUAAGUUAACACCUUACCUGUCGAAUGUACUAUUUAACACUUACAUGCUCACAGAAACAGAAAUUAAAAGUCCGAAGCCAAACUGAGCUGAGCAGGAAGUAUAGCUUUUGUUGUACAGAGAUGGCUUGGAGUUCAUGGUCAGGUUUACAGAACAAGAAGGUGACGCUGGGGGGUUGCUUAUGGUCUGCCUCAAUUACAGGCAGUUGCUGCAUAAAUUCAGAAUGAGUUGGUUAGUCUAGUUGUUGUGUUUGUUGCCAUUUGAUGAAGUGCUUUCACAAUAUCAGUACCUGCAACCAUUACCAGCUGAUACAAUCGCAGGCAAGGGAUCAAAUACCAAGAAAAGCUGGCAAAUGGAAAUACUUUAUUCUGAGGCAAUGAAAGAUGAACGAGAAAAACCUGAGAAAGAGGAUGAGAAACUCUAUUCAAAUUAGGUAAGUUAGCCAUACAAAUAGCAAGGUCUUUGAAUGUAAUCCGAGCUGAUCAGGCCUUUGUGUUCUCUGAGUUUUGGGGAUCAAAAGCCACAAUGAGACCUGGAAAGUGCAGGAAUGUUGGAAGGAAGCUUUUGCCAUAUCACACUGUCACCUGUUCAUGGGAAACAUGUGUUUGAAUCUUUUGAACAAUUUGAUGACAACACUCAAAAAGCUCUGACUCCUACAGAGUCUGUUACUGUGUUCAGUAGGAGGUUAGGCAGACCUGUUUGUUCAACAGAGUUAACUGGGUCUCUGUAUGAAUACACUUCAAACUGAAGGGAAUUAUCUGCCAAUUCUAGAGAUCAGAAAAUUUGAAAAAAAAACAUAAAUUGCUGGAAAUAUGCAGGAUGUGGAACAUCUGAUAGAAAUCACCUGUUUAUUCAGGGUGAACUUGUGUUAUGACAAAAUGUUUUGAUGAAAAAUAGGUAGUGCUGUUUUCUUUCACAUGCACAUAAACUCACAAUUCCAGAAAGUCCUGUUUUUAUUUACAUUCUUGCCUGGCAACAUCUAAGUACCAGUCAGCCUGGUUCACCCAUCACAAAAUCUACCGCCACCGUGCCUGUGUCAGGCCGUUCACUGAUCCAUGUUGCUUCUUUGUCUGGCAACGCCUCAAUUUUAAAAUUCUCAUCCUUACUUUCACAUCUCCGCAUGGCCUUGCCCCCUCCCUAUCUCUAUAAUCUCCUCCAGCCCCACAACCCUCUGAGAUAUCCACAUUCUUUCCAUUCCAGCCUCUUGUUCAAUUUUAGAUUUUAAUCACUUCACCAUUGGCAGUCCUGUCUCCAGCUGUCUGGACACUGGAAUUCCCUCCCCAAACUUCUGCACCUUUCAAUCUCUUUCUCUUAAUUUAAAAUGCUCCUUAAAAUCUACCUCUUUACUUAAACAUUUGGUUGUGUAAUUUUGUUUGAUGAUGCAGCUGGAGAUAUUUCAGGAUGUUUUAAUGUGUUCAAGGCUCAAUAUAUUAAUACAAGUUGUUGCUAUUGUUAGAUAGCUGGUCCCUAUAAAGCUGUAAUCUCUGUCAAUGUGUCUUUCUAAUUGUCUAUUAUCAUCAAUCACCAGAUAAAGCUAGCUCACAGAGGAAGAGAACAAGAUAUUUCCACAAGAUUUUGCAGAUUGUUACAGCUAAAAGUUCUAUGGUUUAACAUCUUGAACUAGACAAUUAAACACUGCAAACCCACACGUUCUGGAUGUAAAGAAAUUUGACAUUAAAAUUUACAAUGUGGAAACUUAUAAAAUAUCAAAGCAAAUACACUUCAACUAGAACCACAAUGAUUAGUAUCAAGAAAUCUUAAUGUGAAGAAGAAAGUACAUAGAAUUCAGUAAUGUGCGAGAUUUAUGAAAUUACACUGAAUGACAGCACUGAAGCAGACCAUUCACCUAACUGGCCUAUACUAGUGUUUACGUUCCACACUCGUCUAAACCCCGAGGAACUCAAAGUGCAACAAGGAAAAACUCCAAAUAGGUGGGCAGCAUGGGAACACUGUGGAUAGGUGGGCUUGAUGGGCAGAAAGGUUUGCAGAAUAUCUUACUGUCACUAACUGGUGCUAAAAUAUUGCUUCUGGGUUAUCAGUGGAGUUAUUAGACGUUUGAAUGUAAUACUGGAUGCAGAAGACUGUGAAUAAUCAUAGUCCAUGUAUCAUCCCUCAGACUUGGUGCAGUAGCUGAGCCCCAACUCUCUGCUGUGGGUAAAACAGUAGAUAUCUGAGAAUGAGCCAUCAGCAACAAAGAUGUGGUGAUUGUGCCAAGUGCUGUCAGAACAGCAACAUCUUCAGGCAAUGGGUCUGAUUUAACUCGGGGAAAGCAGAUGCAUUUGAGUGCGUUCAAAUGUCUUCCAUUUUUCCCAGGAAACUAUAUUUCCUGAAGCAUUUCCCAAAGGUUAAGAGAGCAUGGACCAAGCAUAUUGCUAAACCGAAAUGACCGUGAUUAUUGCAGCUUAAUAUCGAAACAAAAAAAACAGGCAGCCAGAUAUGUCAGCAGGAACGUUUAGACACUGUUAGUAACAGCCUUCCUCAUGCUGGGUUAAAUAGUCUCUCAUGGUCAAAACAAUUACAUUUAAAUGGAAUAAGCUUAUCUCAGCCCUUUAACAAACCUUGUUCUCAACAGAACAGCAAGUCCAUAUCUAAAGGCCACCCCAGCUGCACUGCAAAGCUUGCUUCUAUAUGUUCCGAGUCACUCAAUGCAACACAUGCAGACAAGGAUUGGUGUAAACCAGUGUGAUAAAGGCAGCAGGAUCCCAUUCCCACAAACAUCAGCAAACAGGCUGAGGCUGUUUUUAUGAUAGCUCUUGUGGUCAUGUUUUCUGACUCACUGAUUACAGGAUGUAUUUAAUUAGGUUCCAAAGCUUGCCCAGGUUUGUACUGCACAAUCUGUGAUCCAGCAUCAAAACCACAAUCCUGCAGUACAUCACAAAAUAAUUAGAAAUCAAAAAAACAUUGCUUUUUCUGUAACGUUUUUAAGGUGGUCAGAGCCAUUGUAGUAUUUAAAGAGCUAAAAUGAUCAAUUACUAAUUCAUCUGCACAUAUUUAGGCCCGCUUUCUGUCAAUGGGAAUUACUUACAUAUUAAAAUGGCAAAAUUAAAAACAGUUCAGAGUUUCUACAUCCUAGCGGGGGCUGGGGGUGGCAUGGACAGCAACCUAAUAGAAUCAAAUAUCAAAUGAUUUAUUUUCUGUGGAUUCAAUACUUUUUCCUGGAGAUUCUAUUGUUGACAUUAAUGAGCCCAGAUCACGUUUGUGAUGAUGGGUUGUCAUGGAGGUUUGCUAUAUAUGAGAAAUGAUUACUUUAACUGCCAUCUUUGUGUUUCCGGAUGCUUUGAAGCAUUUUAUUGCUCAGAAAAUACUUUCAAAAUGUAGUUACUGCAAGAUACAAAGCAGCUACAAUGCACAUAAUAAGAUGCUGACCAAAUAACCUUUUCUGUUGGUAUUGGUUAUGCAGAGAUAAAUAGUAUCCAGGACAUAAGAAAGAAUUCCCUUGCUCUUACUUAAAUAGUGGCCAUGGGAUCUUUCAGAUCCGACUGACAACAAACAAGCUUCAGUUUAAUGUCACAUCCAAAAACAGCAUCUCCAACAGCACACUCUCUCAAUACUGCCCUGAGACUGUCUAACGGGACUUGAACCCAUAAGCUGCUCAAUCAGAGGUAUGUGUACUAUUCAUUGAGUCUUAACCUGUCAUUUAGUAAACUAUCAAACCUCGGACAGGUUCACAUUUAGCAUUAUAGACCUCUUUCUGGCAGUUUUAAUGGCAAACCAAGUUGACAUGCGCCUACUGCCAUUUUCAGGUUGGCACAAGCUUUCUGUGAUCUGAGACCAGCAGCAUCUACCUGUCAAAGUUGUUCAAAUUAGGCAGGAGGUGGGGUCACCCCUGGUAUAGCUCCAUAGGAAACUGCAACUGCCUGGCAAUUACAACAGGAGGCAAUGGUUUAUGCAAGAGUCUGGACAUUGAGGAAUAACAGGCUAUUUGGUAAUGGGAGCUACUGCAGCCCGGAUACUGUCCUUCCUCUGUUGUUCAAACCUGCAGAAUUCCAGAAGGGAGAGUACUUGGCAGAAAUCAGAACUAAGAACCUGAUUUUGGAGACAAAUCACCUUCAUUGACCUUUCACAGCAACAGCAGGAUGCUAUUCAGCCCCUUCCACUAUCCAAUCAGAUCAUGGCUGGUGAACAUCUUAAUGCCAUUCACACACUUAGGUUCCAUAAUAUUGAACACCACUAAAACACCUACAAAUCUCUCUUCUAUUCUAACUUCCAAAUGAUUCCCAGCCUCAGUUUUUUAGAUAAGAGAUUCCUAGAUUUUCUGUCCCGUUGAACAAUGAGAAUGAUUGCUCUGUGACAGUGUGCAGGCUCCAUGCAGAUAGCAAAGGCCUGAUUUUAACUUAGUGUAAGUUAAUGACUACACAAUGGAGUGGUAUCACACACAGUAUCAAGGCUGCAAGAAUAGUACACAAAUUGCUUUAUAGUUCAGGAGCAGAUAGAAGCAGGCUCCAGUGAGGCAUUGCUAUAAAUCUUCAUUCCAACAUGAUGCAUGAGUGAGUUUUAAAUAUUAAUAAGAAUUGACUCGAAAAUCAGAUGCACUGAGAGGGUGAAUUCCUGAUCUGUAAAGGCAGGGGGUAGCUUUUGACCUCACAAACUGUAACAUUCCCCUCCCUUCACAUGUUGUCACUCAGGAUUUGAGAUAAUUGAUAAAAAUCCAAGGUGUGGAUUAUGUAGGAGCAAAUUACUGCAGAUGCUGGAAUCUGUACUGAAAACAAAAAAUGCUGGAGAUCACAGCAGGUCAGGCAGCAUCCAUAGAGAGAGAGCAAGCUAACAUUUCAAGUCUUGAUGACUCUUCAUCAGAGCUCUGAUAAACACCUAUUAGACUCGAAACAUUAGCUUACUGUCUCUCCAUAGAUGCUGCCUGACCCGCUGUGAUCUCCAGCAUUUUUUGUUUGCAGUGUGCACUAUGCAUGUGGAUAGGCAAACUGUGUUAGACUGUUAGGUCUAACUUCUUUCAUCAUACAACUAGAUUUAAUUAUUGUCAGAAUCAUUUCCCAGCUGAUACAAUUGCAAAACAUGUCUCUUUGUUUGGAUUUAAUAAUUAACUUUCUCUCUUUUGUUUUCUGUUCUCUAUAUGAAAGGGGCUGAGGUAAGACUAACUGUCCAGUGUAACGUCUGGACUGCAGGCUCACAGUAAAUGGAAAUGAAACAGAGAAAAAAUUAACAGGAUAUAACAGAACUUUACUCUGUAUCAAACCCCAUGCUAACCCUGUCUCGGGAGUGUUUGACAGGGACAGUGUAGAGAGAGUUUCAUUCUGUACAUAGCCCUGUGUUGUCCCUGCCCUGGCAUUGUCUGAGGGGAAUUGUAUAGAAAUGUACUGUGAAGUCGAUCUAAUAUGGGGGUUUCACGUGGUCCUGGGAUGACAUUUGUGGCUUCAUUUACUGUAACAAACACCAGAUGGAGUUGAAUAAAACACGAUCGGAUUCAAGCUUUAGGAACCAGACUCUCAGCCCUAGUGAUCCCAAUCAACAUGAGAAAACUCGGAGGUGCUGACUGAAACAACAGUGAAUAUGUUUCAAUGAAUCACGAAAAGGAUCGAAACCCUGUUUCCCAUGGAGCCAAUCAGCACAGAGUGAAUCUCAGAGUGAUCCCAUUGGGAACAAAUCCUGAAAGGUAUGACUGGAAGUUCCAGGAUCUUUAGGGAGGUAUUAUCCAUCAGGUAGAACUAACAUCCAGAUUCUAACCUUGCUUUUCUUCAACAUCUGCUUGCAAUGGGUAUAAUAUAAUGCAAAUCUGAAUUCUGUUGCAUUGUUGGACUGUAAUGUCUUAUUAUUAUUGUAAUGGAAAUGAAAUACAGUUGUUGAGACGUGGAAUCUAUAUUUAUUAAUAUAAUGUUGAAUUACAAAAUAAAAGUUAUAUUGUU